AUGUUGGGCACGAUCGACGCGGGCGCCACCUUUACGCUGCACGACGAGAGCUUCCGACUCACUGCGGGCGUGAUGGACCACUGGUGCCAACGACCCUCCAAGUUCACCAACCUCAGCGUCGCCGAGUGGAAGCGGCUCGCCAUCCCCCAGGACGUGGACGGCCAGUACAGCCACUGUACGGUGCGCGAACCGCCAGACGCGGAAGACGUGGCUCGCAUCGUCUCGUGCACGUCGUGGGAGUACGACCUGGACACGUACGGCAACAACAUCGUCAGUGAAUGGCACCUCGUGUGCGACCGGCUCUGGAUCGUGGACCUGGCGAGGAUAGCCUACUCGGUCAGCUGCAUGGCGUCCCUCUGCGUGUUCGGCGUGGCGGCCGAUCGCGUCGGCCUCAGGGUCGUCGUCUUCGUGGCCGUGCCCGUGGAGCUGUUGGCUGGGGUAGGCGGAGGCCUGCCCAAGGACCUGCACUUUUUCGUGGCCGUGCGCUGCCUCGUCUCGGCGGCUGCAAGUGCCCUGGUGCCACCGCUGCUGGCACUGAUGUACGAGGUGUCACCCAUGAUCAAGAUUCCUGCCUACACUGUCGCCACCUGGGUGGUCACUCUGCUCAUGGUGCCCCCGACGCUAGCGGUGGCCCAGGUUGUCAAGGGCGGCUGGGCCAUCACCCAGCUCCUGGUCAUGCUGCCGACGUCCCUCCUGCUUACCCUGUACUACAUCAUAGACGAAUCGCCUGCCUGGCUUCUGGUCACACCGGAAAAGUCGGUUCGAGAAGUAGCCCCCAAAGAACCGGCCGGGCCUUUUCUGCUGUCCUCGAAAGGUCUCUGGCAGCGCACCGCCCUGUUGACAUUCUGGUGGACGGCGCCUGCCUACUGCUACGUCAGCUUCAUCUUCAAUGACGACAUCUUCGUGAGUGUGAUAGUGAACGUAAUCUACAUGCUUCUAUCCACCUGCGCUGCUAUCCUCGUUGCCGGAUGCAUUCCUCGCUUCGGCUUCAAACUUUUGGUGGUCGCCUCGGCGCUCGUCUGCGCCGUGACGUCGGCAGUUCUGGCCGGUAUUUACACCGACGACGAAACGGUCCUGCGCAACUCGCUCGUUCUGCUCAUGCGAAUGGCGGGAAACGUGACGCUCAUGCUUUUCAUCACACUGGCCGUCAACUGCUACCCCGUUGGCAUUCACUGCACGGCACUCGGCACGGGCCUGGCCUGGAGCCGGCUCGGCGACACCCUGGCCCAGAUGGUUCCGAGGUUUCUCCAGGGCAGGCACGCCGAAGGGCACCUCGCCGUUCCGGCCAUCUUGAUGACGCUGGUCGCGGCCGCUACACAGUCCUUACCCGCAAAGGCAGACUGGAAAUUGUGUCGCUCUCUCAUGCAUGCCAAAAUUACCUUUACCGAAAUCACCGGCGAGGAGCUGAGGCGGGAGCUCCAGGGAUCUCUGGCGCCGCUGCCCAAGAAACGGUUGCACGAGCCUCGCCGAGGAAGGGGCGACAAACACCUGUUCUCGCUGGACGACCCACUCUCGUCGCAUACCAUGAGCCGGUCAACGCUGCGGGACUUCUAG